GCGGAAUAUACGGAACACUUCCUGUGAAGAUGGCGCUGGUCAGGGGUGCGGGUCUGUGGAGGGCAUGCUGCAGGUUGUUAUCCGGACACCCCGUCCUGCAUUCCGCUGCUGCCCGGACACAGAGCUCGGUGAGCGGGGACCUGGUGCCGCGGACCUCGCUGUCCAGGCCGCCGUGGCCGGAGCUGAGGCCGGUCUCGGUGGAGGAGGAGCGGAGCCGCCACGCCGCCGUGGUGAGCACCGUGAACCAGCUGAUCCAGCAGCAGGACUUCGGCCGCCUGUUCGCCGUGGUGCACUUCGCCGGCCGCCAGUGGAAGGUCACCGGGGAGGACCUGAUCCUCAUCGAGAACCAAAUCGAGGCGGAGUGCGGGGACCGGAUCCGCAUGGAGAAGGUGCUGUUGGUGGGCGCGGAGGACUUCACGCUGCUGGGCCGGCCCCUCCUGGGGAAGGACCUGGUUCGGGUCGAAGCCACCGUGAUCGAGAAGACCGAGUCGUGGCCCAGAGUCCACAUGAGGUUCUGGAAGAGGCACCGGUACGAGCGCAAGAGGAUCAUCAUCCAGCCGCAGACGGUGAUCCGGAUCAACAGCAUCGAGCUGAACCCCAGACUCUCAUGAUCCACUGUUUGUUUACUGUUAUUAUAAAUAUUAUUAUAAAUCAACUGUUCAAGGUGACUGUUUCCAUUGGACUGAGCCCACUGACUGACUGGGUUUAAUACUGUAAAUAAAACCUUUUGAAGAUAA